GCCUUGGAAACCCUGCGGGGCAGUGUUCCUCUGUCCUCUGGGGUCACCAGGCCAGGUGCUCUGUGGGAGAGAGACAUGGCAGUGUGCUGUCGUGAAGGUCACAGCCUUGGAAACCCUGCGGGGCAGUGUUACUCUGUCCUCUGGGGUCACCAGGAGCCAAAACCCACUUGAUGGCAAUGGGUUUGGUUUUAGCACCUGUGUUAGAUGUGCUUUGAGGUAAUGGAAUCUGUGUGUUUUCUUUCGAUAUCACAGGGAUUUAAUGCACAAAAUGGAUAUUACGCCACACUGGGAUACUUCGUGUUCUCCCGCACGAGAACUCACACAUUUAAGACCCCGCUCCUCCCCAUGCAGAGUGUAUUCAAGGACUUGUUUCCAAAAUAUGUUCAGGCCUUCUUCUACAGCCACAGCUAUUGCAAAUCCAAUACUAUCCUCCUUAGACAUUAAACGGAUUUUAUUUAAAAAAAUGACCGACAAAGGGGAUGAGGUGAAGAAAGCCUUCCAGCUGCUGGAUACCGGUCAGAACUUGACGGUGUCGAAAAACGAGCUGAGGAGAGUCAUCGGCACCUUCCUCCUGCCUCUCACGAGAAACCAGUUCCAGGACGUGUUGGCUCAGAUCCCCCUCACCAGCUCAGGUACUGUGCCGUACCUUGAAUUCCUGUCCAGGUUCGGUGGGAUGGACCUAAAUGUAAAUGUUAUAAAGAGGGAAUCUGGGAAUGAAAUGAAUCAAUCCCGGACAUUAAAAGAACUUGAGAUCCAACUGGGAGACAAGGUUUUCAGAAACAUUAAAACAGUUAUCAAAGCAUUUAAGCUCGUUGAUGUUAACGGCACUGGCCUGGUUCAGCCACAUGAGCUCAGGAGAGUUCUGGAGACCUUCUGUUUGAAGAUGACAGAUGAUGAAUAUGAUAAGUUUUCAAGGCACUACAACAUUGAUAAAAAUAAAGUGAAUUAUAAUGUUUUUUUGAAGAGCCUCAGCGUAAAUAAUGACAUGAACCUUAGACAUUUUAUGGGAAAUCAAGAGGUCUCAUGGAAGAAUCAACAAGCCAAAAAUUCCAGUAAGGAGUACUUGCCCAUUUCUGAUUUAUCUGAAGAUAUCUGGAAAAACUGCUCCAUAGAUGAAAUUGAGAAGACCUUUUGCCAAGAGCUUUUGAAGUCCUUUGAGAAGGUGGAAAAGGGGCUCAGUGCAGGGGACACCUGCAACAGUGGCUACAUAUCUCUGAAUUACCUCAAGGUCGUCCUCGAUGCCUUUGUGUACCGACUCCCCAGAAGAAUUUUUCUCCAGUUAAUGAAAAGAUUUGGACUUAAAACCACUGCUAAAAUCAAUUGGAAGCAAUUUCUAACAUCAUUUUACCAUCCUCCGUGGUUGUCAUUUAGUGGCUCAGUUCCAAUGGCAAGAAGAAAUAGCAACAUCAACUCUAGAAACCAGCCUAACAAGGAAAAUACUAUCACAAAGUUAUCAAGACAUGCUGAAGAUCGUUUUACGUCUUUGAAGAAGGCCUUACUGCUGUUCAACAACAAAAGUGAUGGAAAUGUAACAGGGAAAGAGCUGCAGAACACUCUAAAGAACAACGGCGUAAAAAUAAGUGAUUCAGAAUUCAAAGAACUCAUGCAAGCGCUUGACCCGGGGGGCACUGGACUGGUCAAUGUCCCCACGUUCCUUGACCUGCUUGAAGAAGAGAACCUGAAGGUAAGAAAAAGAUCCCCUUGUACAGGCACUAAGACACCUCUCCCUCAGGCUUGGGAUUCGGUGGAAGAAAUUGUUCACGGUGGGAUUACUAGGAAUCUACCAGCUUUUUAUAACGUGCUGCGGUCCUAUGACCUUGGAGACACUGGCUUCAUUAGUCGAAUUAAUUUCAAGAAGAUUAUGCGCACAUUCUGCCCAUUUUUAACGGGAGAACAUUUAAUAAAACUCUGCAGUAAGUUUCAGGAUACUGCUUCCGGAAGAAUCCUUUACAAGAAACUUCUGGCAAGCAUAGGAAUUAAUGGCUUACCCACUGGCUCCCCAAAUCUUGUUCCAACACAUCAGCUGUCAACUGAGCAUGUUCAAAAAGAGGAACAGCAGUGGCCGGAUCUUCCCGAGAGAGUCAAACCCACUGAAGAUAAAACCCCUGUGACCAAGAAUCUGACCAAAGAAGAAGUUGUUGAAAAACUCAAAAACUGUAUACAGCAGCAUGACCCAGCAUUCCGAAAGCGAUUUCUGGACUUCAGCAAGGAGCCUCACAGGAAAAUUAAUGAACAUGACUUCAGGAAGGUACUAGAAGCUCAUGGAAUGCCCAUGGAUGACGAUCAGUACACCCUGCUGACCGCAAAGCUAGGAUUUAGAAAAGAAGGGAUGAGUUACCUUGAUUUUGCAACAGGAUUCGAAGAUACGGAAAUGAGUCGGCCAGAAUCGACUAGAACUCAGACUCCAGUUCUGACAAAAAGUUACGUGAACAGUCACUUCAUAACUGCUGAAGAAUGCCUGAAGCUUUUCCCCGGGAGACUGAAGGAGUCCUUCCGGAACCCCUACUCUGCCUUCUUUAAGAUGGACACCGACAGGGAUGGCAUCAUCAGCACCCAGGACCUGCACAGACUGCUGCUGCACCUCCUGUUCAACCUGAAGGACCAGGAGUUCGAGCGUUUCCUGGAGCUUCUUGGCUUGAAACUCAGCAUCACCUUAAAUUUCCGGGAGUUUCGGAAUUUGUGUGAGAAGGGAUCAUACAGAAGCGAUGACCCACCACAAAGACUCAUCAGACCCAAACAGAAGGUUACGGAUUCAGAACUAGCUUGUGAGCAGGCUCAUCAGUAUCUCGUCACUAAAGCGACAAACAGGUGGCCAGACUUGUCGAAGAAUUUUAUAGAAACUGACCGUGAGGGCAAUGGCAUUCUUCGGCGACGGGAUAUAAAGAACGCUCUCUAUGGCUUUGAUAUUCCCCUCACACCCAGAGAAUUUGAAAAGCUUUGGACGAGGUACGACACCGAGGGAAGAGGGCACAUCACCUACCAAGAAUUUUUACAGAAAUUGGGUAUUAACUAUUCGCCAGCCAUGCACCGGCCCUACGCAGAGGAUUAUUUCAACUUCAUGGGUCAUUUCACUAAGCCGCAGCAGGUACAAGAAGAGAUCAAAGAGCUGCAGCAAAACACAGAGAGGGCCAUCAGGGACAAGCUUAAGGAUCGUUUUCAAGAGAUCAGCAAAGCACUCACCGACCUAGACAAAUCUAAAACUGGCCGCGUGCCCCUGAGCAAGCUGCAGAAGGCGCUGGGAGAAUGCGGAUGCUCUCUUAAAGAGGCAGAGCUGACCGAGCUUCUAAACAGCUGGGGAGUCAGCUGGCAGGAUAAUUCUGUCAAUUACCUUGACUUCUUGAAAGCAGUAGAUGGCAGCAGGCCAGCAAGACCUUCGACAAUUGAGAAGGAAGAGAGCAAACCCAUCAAUUUUGCAGCGCUGCGUCCAGAGGAGAUGCUGAAGAAGGUCCAGGAGGUCGUCGACUCCUCCCAUCAGGCUUUGUGGAAGACCUUUUCUGAAUUGGACAAGGAGGACACUGGGUUUGUGAAGGCCACGGAAUUUGGACAAGUUCUGAAGGAUUUCUGUUACAAACUGUCAGAUAACCAGUAUCACUAUUUUUUGAGAAAAUUAAGACUUCAUCUAACCCCCUAUAUAAAUUGGAAAUAUUUUCUCCAGAACUUCAACUGUUUCCUCGAGGAGACUGCUGCUGAGUGGGCAGAGAAGAUGCCCAAAGCGCUACCACCACCCAAGGACAUAGGCAAGAGGGACAUCCUGGACCAUCUCCACAAAGCAGUGACUGCCCACUACAACGCCAUCGCCCAGGAGUUUGAGAACUUCGACACCAUGAAAACCAACACUGUGUCCAGGGAUGAGUUCAGGGCCAUUUGUAAUCGCCAUGUGCAGAUUCUGACGGAUGAACAAUUUGACAAGCUCUGGAGCGAGAUGCCGGUCACCGCCAAGGGGAAGCUGAAAUACCAGGAGGUCCUGAUCAAGUUCAGCUCGGAGAAGGCGGUGACACCGCCAGCCUCGGACGACUCAACCAGGGCCCAGAAAGGGAGCAGCGUCCCCGAAGUCUCAGAAGGGACCAGAUCUGCCCAGUUAUCAUCCCCGCGGGAUCCAAAGGGGAGACCAAAGACGUGGAGUCACCCCUGUACUCCAGCGAGCAUGGCCGCCCACCCCUCCACUCCACCCUUACAGAACUGUGAGCCCAUUGAGAGCAAGCUCAGAAGGAAAAUGCAGAGCUGUUGGCGGGAAAUCCUGAAAGAAUGCAAAGAGAAGGACACAAACAAACAGGGGGAGAUCCGCGCCUCUGAGUUCUUGGCGCUCGUGGAGAAAUUCAACCUGGACAUAAGCAAGGAGGAGAGCCAGCAGCUCAUUGUCAAGUACGACUUAAAGAACAAUGGUAAAUUUGCUUAUUGCGACUUCAUCCAGAGCUGUGUCCUCCUGUUAAAAGCCAAGGAGACGUCGCUGAUGCAGAGGAUGAAAAUUCAAAAUAUGCAUAAAAUGAAAGAAGCUGGUAUUGAGACAUCCUCCUUUUACUCGGCUUUGCUGCGGAUUCAGCCCAAAAUCACGCACUGCUGGCGGCCGAUGCGGCGUACCUUCAAAGCCUACGACCAGGGCGGGACAGGGCUCCUAAGCGUGGCAGACUUCAGGAAGGUCCUGCGGCAGUACAGCAUCAACCUCUCCGAGGAAGACUUUUUCCACAUCCUGGAGUAUUAUGACAAGACGCUGUCUUCAAAAAUAUCCUACAAUGACUUCCUCCGGGCCUUCCUCCAGUAG